UCCGAUCAGACUCCAUAAAUAGCCCUCCUCGUCACCUCCUCAAGACUCCAUUACGACAUCGCCGGCCAAUCCCCUCCAUCUUGCUCUUUAAUUCUCUAUGUGCGCUGCAGGCAAUGACGACGACGCCAUAACCAAAGGAGGAGACGAGCAUCACAUGAGAAGGUAUAACAAUAGGAAGAGUUAUCGAGCAAGUGGUUGCAGUGGAGAUGGACGGUGGUGCGGCCAUGCCGGCGGCGCAGCCAGCAGCAGCAGCAGCCGAGCACCAUGGGUCGAGACCAACGCUGGGUUUUCCUCUCGGCACCGCACUACUGCUCGUCGUCAUCUUCUGCCUCAGCGGCUUCUUCGCUUUGUGCUACCACUGGGAGAAACUCCGCUCCCUCCGUGGCCGACCCAGCCGCGGCCACCAGCAGCAACUUCCCCCUUUGGAUGCGCUCGAGGAAGGCAGCCGAAUCCCCCAGCCAUCUUCUCCGUCUCUAACGUCCAAGCUCUCCCCUAUGCAUCAGGCGAACAAGGAGGAAAAGGUCGAAAGCUUGGUCGUCGUUAUGCCAGGAGAUAAAAUUGCAAAGUUCAUGGCAUGGCCGUGCCCGUGCCAACACCGGUCGCCUAUUGCAGAUGCAUUCACUGCAAGUACAGUCACUCGGGAAGCAGCAAUCUCGCCUCCAUCUUAAUUUGGCAGAGUGCUCUUGAAAUUGAGCGCAGGCACCAUGUAUAUAUGUUGUGGUAGUCGUGAUUCUUUCUUCUCUUCAAUGAGGAAAGUGAACUGCUGGUCCUAAGCAACAUGAUGUUUUUGUAUUGUUAAAAGCAGAGUCUUUGUUUUGUUUCUUCGCAUGACACAGUGCGUUGCUUGGAAGAUGGAAUUCAGUGGGCGGUGGACAAUUUUAAUGUAUUUGACCCUAAAUUGUUGAGGCAAACAGCUGAAAUAAGCAUAGUUGAUGGUGA